GGUUAUGUUACCUUUCAACUGUCAAACGUGUCAAUUUCCGACUUGUUUAAGGCUUAUUUUAUAGUAAAUAAUCCAUUUUCGACAUUCUAGGAAAUACAGAAACUAUAAAACUUACCGAUAAGAUAAGAACGAAAUGUGAAAUCCACUGUUCUUAUACAUAUUUAAGAACAAUUAGGUUAACCACGAAAAAUGGCUUUUGCAAAAGAAACUGAUGGGAGUUUAAUACAGAAAUAUGUUAGAAUAUUUCUUGUAGUCAGCGGAUAUUGGGUGGUUUCAAUUUUAACGGUUUUUAUCAACAAGACUCUUCUAAGUGAUAUAAACUUAGACGCUCCCAUGUUUAUUGCUUUAUAUCAAACAUUUAUAACGGCAGCAAUUUGUUUCGUUAAGAAGGGUCUAGCUAGAGUAUUCCCACAAUAUUUGAGUUUUCCUGAAACUAGUGUAUGGGAUACAAACACAAUGAAAACAAUUUUACCUGUAUCCCUAAUGUUUACUAUGAUGAUAGCGAUGAACAAUCUCUGUUUAAAAUACGUCUCAGUUGCUUUUUAUUACAUAGGGAGAUCUUUGACCACGAUUUUUAACGUAACUUUCACCUUCCUAAUUUUGGGGGAGAAGACAUCCAAACAGUGUUUGUUUUUUUGUGGAGUAAUUAUAUUUGGGUUUUACUUGGGAGUAGAUCAAGAAAGUCUGUCUGGGAGUUUAUCAAUAAGUGGCACCAUUUUUGGCGUUUUGGCUUCACUGUCUUUAUCCCUUUAUUCAAUAUUCACUAAAAAAGUUUUAACAAAAGUUGAUAAUCAAGUCUGGGCUUUAUCUUACUACAACAAUAUUUACGCCACAAUUUUAUUCAUUCCUUUGAUGCUUUUCAAUAACGAAUUCAUCGUUUUGAUCAAUUAUACAAAAUUAUUUCAAACGUAUUUUUGGUUUAUAAUGACAGUUGGAGGUGUCUGUGGAUUUGCAAUUGGAUUUUUUACGUCUUUACAAAUAAAGUAUACGUCAGCUUUAACGCAUAACAUAUCAGGUACAGCGAAAGCUUGUGCUCAGACUGUUUUAGCCACCUACUGGUAUCAAGAAACUAAGUCGGCACUUUGGUGGUGUUCAAAUUUUAUUGUUUUGUUGGGAAGUAUGGGAUAUGCAAGAGUUAAGCAACUUGAUAUGGAGAAAAAACACAAAGAGAAUAUCAUGUAUCAAAAAGUUUGAUAAAUUUAGUGCGAUUAUUUUUAAUUAAAUCUGUGAUUUUUAUAAGAAAAUAUUAAGUCUAUUUGUUUAAAAAAAUUGUAACUUGCUGCUUCAAGUAUAAAAAUACCAAAGCGGUAUAUGUACCUAUGGUUACAUAAGUGUUAAUUAUGUACAUAAUAAUUUAAUUACUGGAAUAUAGUUUGUGUAUUUUAUAGAGAUAAAAACGUGCCGUUGUAAAGACAAUGUAAUUAAAAUUGGUUACAAAUUAAAAUAUAAAAUUUUA